AGAAAGAGAAAUGGGUGACAUCCCCACAUCCCUCAUAUUAUUAUUAGAUGCAAGGUCACAGUCAUUCUUUAAUGUACCUUCCAUUUAUUAUCCUUUGUCUUUUGGCUCCUUUCCUUCUCCAUCCAUGAGUGGUCUUUGCCUUCUUUUCUCCAUCACCUUUUCUUACUGAAUUUGCAGCUCUCUUUCGCUUUCUAUUACUUCUCCAAUUAGGGUUUUCCUCUUCGAGGCUCAAGCCAGCCCAGCCCCGCCCCUGCAAUAAAUCUGUGAUAGGAGCUCAUAUUUUGAUAGGAGCAAAGAACAUCCUCGUCAAUAAGGGAAAAAGUGAACAUGGCUUCGUCCAGCUCUUACAAUUCACCCUGUGCUGCUUGCAAGUUCCUGAGGAGGAAAUGCAUGCCGAAUUGCAUCUUUGCACCUUACUUUCCACCAGAGGAGCCCCAAAAAUUUGCGAAUGUUCACAAGAUCUUUGGAGCCAGUAGUGUGACUAAGCUCCUCAAUGUGCUCCUCCCUCACCAAAGAGAGGAUGCAGUGAAUUCCCUUGCCUAUGAAGCUGAGGCGAGAGUAAGAGAUCCGGUUUAUGGGUGUGUUGGUGCUAUUUCUUUCCUGCAGAGACAGGUUCAAAGGCUUCAGAAAGAACUUGAUGCAGCUAAUGCUGAUUUGAUCCGUUAUGCCUGCAGCGAGAUCACAACAGCCUUCCCUGCACCACCUGUGGCGAGUUCAAUUCAACCUCUAACACCCCGUAACAGGACAGCUGACUUUAAUAGAAGUAUUGGUUAUAAAGGAGGAGGAUUCUAUCAGUCCCCUGGUGCUUUGCCUCUUCCUUAUUCUUUUCCUUGGAAUGAUAACUCUUCAGGUGAUAUGAACGAUGGAGAAAAAGGAGAUAUAUGAACCAAGACAAUUUCAGACGUUAUGCGCCGUUUAGGGUUUUGCUAUAUGGGGCAUGAACUGUAGAAAAGCUCUUGGGUGUGAUGUUGCUUAUAUAUUUUUAGUUAAGGUUUGGUUUCCGCCUAGCCUCCGUCAUGUGGACUCUCCUAGUUAGAUUUCACUUAACUUCUAGUAAUAUUGUUUUCCUUCCUAUUAAUUUGUUGGUUCACUACCUUUUUUAUCCUGCUAAUACCAGGGGAAUAAAAUGUAUUAUCAGUACUGUACUAAAUUUAUAUAUUUUUUGUGGGAAUUGGGACCUAAAUAAUGCGGGUAAUAGAGCCAUAUAUAGCCAUAUUAGUAUGUAUAUAUGUAUGUACGUAUGUAUGCAUUUAUGUAUGUAUGCAUGUAUUUAUGUAUGUAUGGCUGCUAAACCUUUUGUUGCGUCAUUAGUGCAGCAGCAGCUCUAGGCAUAACUGCAUGAGGGAGUUGCUCUUCUCUUCU